AUGCUAGGCCAGCAGGAAGGCGGGUUCUCGCCUCCACGUCGUAUCUGCGAAACCGGACUUCUGCGGUAUCGCGCCAGGAAUAGCGUCCGAGCACUGGCGCGCAAGCCUUUGUGUAACCGACAGAAGCGCCAGCCCUCAUCAGCAUCGACGCUAAACGUCCAGACUCCAGUGUUCCUGGGCCAGGGAUCGCUCCAGCGCACCCUGUCGGGUCUCCACCGGCGGUCCGAAGUCUCGGCGUCCCCCGAGUUCCUCUUCUCUGAGGGCCGAGACAACAACAGAUGCUGGACACUCUGCGCCACACACGAUCGUGGCUGUCGUCCGGGCGAGCGACGUCGCACUUCCGGCGGUUCAGUCAUCCUGCCGCAGACUUCCGCUGCGCUCGUCGUUACAUUGUGGCUGCGCUGCCAGCGAUGCGCACAGCUUGUGUUUGCUGCGAGCUAUCAGCAGAAGACGAUGAAUGCAACGGCCGUAGUUCCUUCGCUGCUGGCUCUGUUCGUGGCUAAUGGGAACUCAGUGCUGGACUGUCUCUGCAGUCACAUCAACAACUCAAAUGAUCAAGGCAGACGCUGGAGAUACAGGGGUAGUGACGGUGAAUAUCAACUAUGGUGGCAACACUGCCAACAUACGUAUGACGACACGCUGAGCGGAACUCGCGGGACGCUGGAGCCGCCGUCGGUCGCCGCGCCGGCCGUGGCCCGCCUGGCAGCCAGCGCCUCCAGCUACGGACCGCCGCCGCCCCCUGCGGGAGUGGGCGUGGCGGCGGGGGAGGGGGAGGGGGAGGUCUGCGGCGGCGCCCUGGCGGCUCUCCGCCGCCUAACCUGGGAAGAGGCCAGCCAGCUCGGCAGGCAGCUCAGCUGCCGAAUCUCUGCCGACUGUAUCGCCUCCUGCCCUGUGCCAAGGUUGAACGACAUGGAAUGGAACGUGACAGCGCUGCAGGAGGAUCAGCUGAGGCACCGUGCCCUCUCCCAGUCACUGCACGCUGUCGGACGAAUCACAAGAGCCAUACUCGCCAGGGGACGAUGUGAGACCUACAAUCGGCUCAAUUUUAAACUGAGGCACUUGAACAAAACUGAUCUCCAGGUCCAGCAGACGGACUACCUGGAACAGCUCUCCAGCUACUGGCGAGACUUUGCACACCUACUCUCACUAGCUGUGACGCAGGCAUCACGACUGUUCAUUCCCCUCGCAUUCGAGUACAUGGGUAACAACACGACUGACCAGCGACUCCAAGGGUGGAUUAAGGACAUGGAACGUGUGAGAGACAUGCUGCACACGAAAUUAAGCAGCUGGCUACACGACGUGCAAUCCGUCAGAGAACAGACAGCGCACUUCGAAGUAGAAGACGACAAGAACAGCACUGGGUAUUUUAUACUUAGGCGGCCCCUGUUGAAUGAUAAACUGCUCGACUACCAGCCAAAGUUCCUUUUCUUUCGAGAGGACUUCAGUGCUCCAUGCGAGGAGCGGCAGCCAGAGGCAUCACAAAUGUUCGGCCUCGCCGAUGCACUGUAUGCCUUCUAUUAUACCAAGUGGUUUGGAACAGGAUGGGCCUUGAGGCAACACUUCCCAAAUGAUCCCAAGACUGUGGAUGAGGAGUGGCAGCUGGAAGACAGAAGCAACGCUACGCUUUCCAUAGACACUGACUGCAUACAGCUGUUGGUGGACGCCCUGGACCACCCCACGUGUCCACUGGAAGACCUUCCACAGGAGACCACCCAGCAGCGAGAGCAGUGCCGUGUUCAGCUGUGGGACGACCUGGUUCAGGGGUGGCCCCACAUACCCGUCACCAGCUACCUGGCCUACACUCAGAGGGCGAACGUCAACCUCUGCCUCUUGGCGUGGAUGACAGUCAACUCGCUCAGCAUUUGUCAGGACGUCCCCUUUAGUGUGAUACAGUCCAUGCAUGAUGCUGCCUGCUAUUUCAGUAGACCGGAUGACCAGUCGUGUCUGGAACCGAACGCAACACAUGCCAUAUGCUCUGUUUCCAGAGCUAUUCUGUUGAUGAAGUGUCGAGAUUUUUCAUCCCAUAAGCCUCAGAAGAUGUAUAUCGUCACACUUUACCCAAAUGGAUCGUACUCAACGGUGUCGGAAAAUACAUUGCUACAAGGUUUCUACAGACAGUAUGGAAAGGAUUUACAAAGAGCACUGAUCGACAAAGACAGUUUAAACACUGCCACAUUGAAAUACAAAGAUCUAAAAAUCGACAGCUUAAAACCUUUAGAAAUUUCUUUUAUAGCAGUAAAUAUUUUUUUCCGCUCUUUGACUGCAGGAGUAUAUAUGUACCUUCCCCAGCUACGCAAUUUGCCUGGAAAGAUAUUCUUGUCCUUUCAGAUCACAGCUGCUUACAGGAAGACGGUCCCAUCUUGCUCAUCAAUGAAGCUGAAGACCGUGCCUGGUGGUUGA